CAUCUUAGGCUUUUUCGCAACGUAUCAUUCAAAAGUUCGCAAAGUAUUCCAAAGGUUAGUCCAUUUUGAAUAAAAACAUGGAAUCAUUAAAAUUCCUUGCUCCUGCUGCUAAAAAAAUCUCGUGAAUUAUUAACGGCAAAUUUAAAAAUAUAUAUUACUACUGAUAUUAGGAGGUAAUCGCGUUAAUUUUCCACCAUUUGCCGAGACGUCAAGAUGGCGUAUCUCGCUAAACUGUCCGCCGCCACAGUUCUUCUUUGGGGAGUCUUCCUCCACCGUUCUACCACUAACGCAGAGCUCGUCCAGUACUCAGAUCCCAACACGGCUUUAGUAGGCUCAGCGUACAAGACCACUGACGUAGCGGACCUCGGCGAAUGCAACCUCAAGUGUGAUGAAGAUGAGAAGUGUCUCAGCGUCAACUACUGGAAGGUAAAUAAGAAGUGUGACUUAAACAACGCGACCAAGGUCAUGUACCCGGAACGAGAGAAGAAAGACAGGACCGCCAUCUACGCCAACAUUCGUGAGGGCACACCUUGUCCUAUAAAGAAGGACCCACCGAAAAAAGAAGCGAGAAACUGCCUCGAUGUGCUGAUAGCCGGAGGAAAGAGCAACGGUUUGUACACCGUAAAGCCAUCACCGGACGGCGAUGCGGUCAAGGUUUACUGUGACCAGACUACAGAUGGCGACGGAUGGACCGUGCUCCAGAGAAGACAAGACGGGUCAGUGGACUUCUAUCUCGGAUGGGCUGACUACAAGCGCGGGUUCGGCAACGAGACAGGAGAGUUCUGGCUUGGACUUGACAAGAUCCAUCUUCUGACCAGUCAGACUAAUACCACAGUUCGCGUUGACUUGAUGGACUGGGCUGGUGCUACAAAAUAUGCCGUGUACGAUCACUUUGCCGUGUCUGCAGAGAACAGAAACUAUGUUCUGACGCUUGGAUCUUACUCAGGGACUGCUGGUGACUCGCUCUCUUACCAUCGAGGAAUGCCAUUCUCCACAAAGGACCAGGACCAUGACACUUAUAAUUCUAAUUGUGCAGUAAUGAGGAAGGGUGCGUGGUGGUAUUGGUCGUGUAACAAUAGCAAUCUGAACGGGAAGUAUUUCCAAGGGGGAAAGGCUUCAAAUUCCGACGGUAUAAACUGGGGUACAUGGAAGAACUAUUCUUAUUCCUUCAAGCGAUCUGAAAUGAAAAUCAGGCCAGCCGACUAUGUACCUAACUAAACACCACAACCAUUACAGUGCGACGCGCGCUACCGUGGACACUUUGACAGUUUUUGUGAAGUAAGCCAAUAAGGAUGCGUGAAACGCAUGGCGUUAGCAUCAACGUUAGCCAACGAGCAUAGCAAAGGAAUGCUGCAAAGCACAUCAGAAUACAAUAAACUCCUCCUAACUUUAAAAUUUGUGCCAACAAAUAUAAAUGACUCUGCGAAUUUCGUAUACUAUAAUUGGCAAAUUGGCCAAACUUUUGUAUCGGUGGCCACGGUAGCGCACGUCUCCCUACAAAGUUAAAAGGAGUUCUUAUGUAGAUCUUAAUAUGUGUAAGGUGUAAUUACAGGAGUUCUUAUGUAGAUCUUAAUAUGUGUAAGGUGUAAUUACAGUGAAAUUGUAGACAACGAACAUUGUACGGUAAUAAAUAGUGUGCAUUACCCUA